CCUCCCCCUCUGAACAGACGAGGUGACCAUCUCUGGAUCAUCCCGACCGGAGUCACACGGCGGAUCAGUGCGCGCAGCCAGGCGGCCUCUCAGCGCACGGAUCAGGACUGAAAGGACGAAGUGGCGCUGGAGCAUCAGGGACCGCACAGCAUUUCGGAUUAGCCGCAUCAGCUAUGAACAUCAUCCGCGGGGUUUGGCAGAAAUAAACCGGAGCUCUCACACCACCACGCCGUCGAGGAUGAGCGGGACUGCGGCGGCCACAGCGGCGGCUUCCUGCCGCUUCGCCCACUACUUUGUUGUGUGUGGAGUGGACGCGGACACGGGCCUGGAGCCGGACGAUGGAGCAGGUGAAAGCUUCGAACAGAGCCCCAUUAGACGAUCCUUCAAGUCAAAGCUUCUGGUGCACUACCCUGAAAACACAGACAGGAACCCCUUCAGUAAAGAUGCCGUCAACAUGCUGUGUAUGCCAAGGGGUCUGUCCUUCCGCACCCAGACCGACAGACUCGAUCCUCAGUUCCACUCAUUUACACUUUCCUCUGAUGAUGGCACACGUUCCUACGGCUUUGUCCACACGUUCUACGAGGAGGUGACCAGUCCUCAGAUCAUCACCGCCAUGCACACCCUCAGUCAGAUGCACCACGUGGAGCACCAGUCCUCUUCAUCGUCCUCCUCUCCCUCCUCCUCGGCUUCAUCCGCCUCCUCGCCCUCCACCUCCAGCAUGGACUCUCUUGUGAGCAGCCUGGACGAGUCAGACGCCGAGUCCCUGGCUGGGAUUUCUGGCUGCCUCGGCUGCGCAGGCUCCUUCGAUCCAGCACGCGACACCCUGUACGUGUCCAAAGCCCUCUGCCUCCUGACGCCGCUCCCUUUUCUUCAAGCCUCACGACAGUUCCUGUCUCAGCUUCACCAGGCUGCGACGUCGCAAACAGCUCCACCUCUUCCUCUGGAGAGCUACAUCCACAACAUCCUGUACGAGGUGCCCCUGCCUCCACCCGGCAGGUCGCUGAGGUUCCACGGCGUGCAUCGCCCCAUCGUGUGCCAGCGGCCUGGGCCGGGGGAGCUGCCACUGGGGGAGUAUCCUCUGGGAGAGGCCUUCUCCCUGCUGGGUGUCGACAAUAUGGUGCAACUACUUACCUGUGCAUUUCUGGAGACUCAAGUUCUGCUUUGCUCUCACGACUACCAGCGUUUGAUGACGGUGGCAGAGGGCAUCACCACUUUGCUUUUCCCAUUCCAGUGGCAGCACAUCUACCUGCCCAUCGUCUCUCCGCCAUUGCAUCACCUCCUGGACGCCCCCAUGCCCUUCCUGAUCGGCAUCCAGCGCAGAGAUGGAGCUCAGCGAUCCUCCCUCCACCUCCCACACGAGGCAAACCUGUGUAUCGUCGACAUUGACAACCACUGUGUCGAGGCCCCCGAGGACCUGCCCAUGUUUCCAAACCAGACCGAGCUCAUCCAGGAACUGAGCGAGGUCCUGCUGCGUUUUGGGCUCUCUCCCCAGGGAGGUGUGAUCACAAAGCCCCCCACCACCACCACCACCAACGCCCCCACCUCGCCACGUGUCAGCAGCCUGGUCCUGGAGGAUCUGAUGGAGGACAGAAGGAACGGGAACCUCGGCGGCGAGGAGCUGGCAGUGCUGGAGAGGCUGCAGGCUCUGGCAAGGAGGUGCGGAGGAGGGAAAAUGUCAGACGGCGAGCAGACGCUGGGACACGUGUUCGAAGAGGAGGAGGAAGAGUUAAAGGCUGCGAAGCUGAACAUUCAGCUGAGGGAGGUGUUUGCUGGACGUUUUUCUGCCAUGUUCGGCAGGUAUGACGAGUUCGUCAUCCACAGCGCUCUGGAUCUAGACUCAUGGCUGAGCAACCGAGAGGGCACGUUCAGCUUUGACAAGGGUUCCUUCCUCUCGGUUCAGCCCACGACUCACCUGCGUUUCAUGUCUCGGUUCCUGGAGACGUCCAUGUUUUCUUCUUUCGUCGAUGGGAAAGUGAUUUCUCGCUGGGCAGAGAGAGAUCCACUGCAGCAGCUGUUUGACAACCGGCUGGAGAAAGAAGGACUGUACGACACAGACAAGGACUCCCACAACUGUCACUACAGGAAGUGCACCACGCUCUUUGAGUCAGCCCAGGCCACUGAACGCAGACUGCUGAAGGCCGACCACACGGCCAUCCACCCCCACCUGCUCGACAUGAGGAUCGGACAAGGUCGUCACCAGCCGGGCUAUUUCCCCAAGCUGCAGGCCGAUGUGCUCGUCCAGGGACAAAACACCAACAAGUGGUCCAGUCGUGUGACAGCAUCACGCAGGUCUGAGCCCAAGAGAUCGACGACAGCGGAUCACUCAGGAAUGGAUAAUGAGCAGAGACAGAAGCACACGUUCAUGAGGAAGAACCUCCGUCAGGCGAAGCUGCUCGACCCGUCGCCUCAAGCCGUCACUCAGACUCACCGGGAGUUUGUUGAUGGGCUGCUGAGCGAGUGUCGUCUGAAGACCAAGCGGAUGCUGAUGGAGAGGAUGGGGAAGGAGAGUGUGGAUCUCGGUCAUGGAGAAGCCAACAUCACGGGCCUGCAAGAAAACACACUCAUCCACGGUCUGUGUGACCUACUGGAGAGAACCUGGGGCCACGGUCUGCAGCUGAAACAGGGGAAGUCUGCUCUCUGGUCCCAUCUGCUUCACUACCAGGCAGCCCAGGGGAAGACAGAGACACCAGCUGAGUCUCCAGGUCAGACACUCACCCCGCUGUUAUGGUUUUCUCUUUUUAAAUCACUGAGCUCUCAAACUUUACUGAUCAUCGGUGUUGUACUCGCUGCCUGUUUAGGGUCCAACGGUUCGGAGCAGAGGACGUUUGAUGACGGCGCUCUGCUCCUGAGAGGAUCCUUAAUACAGGACAUGAGGUUUAUCCAAAUCAUGAGUGAGGGUCUGUCCGAGGUGGGUCAGGCCCGGUCCUGGAUCCAUCUGGCUCUGGAGAAGAAAAUGCUUUGCCAGCACCUUAAAGAGCUGCUCACAAACCAGAAGCUGCUCAGGCAGCUGUACAAACCUCAUGCAUUCCUGCUGUGCGAGGAGGAGAGGGAGCAGUUUCUGUUCCACCUGCUGUCUCUGAACACCGUGGACUACCUCUGUUUUACACGGGUCUUCACCUCCAUCAGUAUUCCAUACCGUGUCGUUAUUAUACCCAUGAAGAAGCUGAGCAUCGCCAUGGCAACGGUUAACCCCUGGGUGUGUGUGUCAGGAGAACUGGGCGAUUCAGGAGUGAGACAGAUCACGAAGAACACACAAGAGAUUUAUUUCCAGUGUAAGAACCUGGGCAGGCUGAGCACUCUGCAGCUGGGACAGGAGAACUCGGGUUUGCUGGCCAAGUGUCUGAUCGACUGUGUGAUGGUGUACAAUGAGAUCACCGGACACACAUACAAGUUCCCAUGCGGCCGGUGGCUGGGGAAAGGCGUGGGUGACGGCAGCUUGGAGAGAGUCCUCAUUGGUCAGCUGGUGUCACCUGGUGGGGAGGAGGACGCUGGAAGGUGGACAGGGACGCCUCCGGAGCUGGCCUCUCCUUCCCAGACCGUACGGAUAGUGCUGGGAUCGCUUGGCAGCCGAAGCAGGAUGCAGUCUGUUGAAGUACAGGAGAACAUGAGGGAGACGGCAAAUAACCUUGUGAAGCACUUCCACAAACCUGAACAAGAGAGGGGAAACUUGACGGUCUUGUUAUGUGGUGAAGGAGGGCUGGUGCUGUCCCUGGAGAAUUUCCUCCUCCACGGGCUCAAAUCCAACCGUCUCUUCCAGCGGAACGUGUUCGUGUGGGACUUUGUCGAGAAGGCAGUGGUUUCCUUGGAGACCGCUGAUCAGAUGGGUGAUCUGCAGGGAUCAACGCUGACGAAGGGUCCGCCAUGCGACUUACUGUGCCACUACGUCAACGCCAUCAACGCCUCGCCCCGCAACAUCGGAAAAGAGGGAAAGUUCCAGCUGUUCGUCUGCCUGGGAAUCAGGGACCGGCUUCUCUCCCAGUGGCUCCCCCUGUUGGCAGAGUGUCCCCUGACAGCGCGGACGUACGAGGACAGUGCUCUGCUGCGGGACCGUGCAGCCGUACACUCCCUGUCUCGCAUCCUACACACGCUCAACGAGUUCGCCAUCACCCUGGAGACGGCACUGGUUAAAGGAGUUGACCUCUGACCCUGAACGAUACGCAUGGAGACUAACAGCCCCCUCCCCCUACUUCUGUGCAACAUACUGCAGGAAUGCUGAUGGGUUGAAACGUUCAUCUUUCCAUGACUCUACGAGACUUUAUCAUUAUAAAAAAAGGACACUGGACCAGAGGAAGCUUCAGACGUAUUGCCUUGUUCACUGUAUUUGCUUCAGGAAAUGGUCUGGUUUUUCCCGCUGCGCUUUACACUGUGAAAUUCCUGGAGGAGAAAAUCCGAGUUGUUAAUCAUCUCACAUUUACAGUAGAUAUCCUCACAGCUCGCUCCGUUUACUGCACCUGACCCUUAGGACAACUAUAACUCUCCUUCUACCGCUGUAUUGCUUGCACUUGGAAUUUAAACUAAACACAUGCAUGGCCAAAUUCUGUUUCCUCGUUUGUUUUAUGUCUUUAGUGUGUUGUGACCUGAAAUAUCAGGACUCAGGCCUUAUAAUAGAAACAUAUUUCUUGACGUGAUUCAUUGAAUAUCUUAGUAAAUAUAAUAAAGAAAGCUAAUGCUCCUACAGUAUGAUAUGUUAUAAUAGGUUGUAUUAUUAUGCUCUUGUUAUACUGUGAAACGUCUGGCCUGAUUCUCUUUGCUUAUUUCUUUGGGGUCACAAACUGCAGAGAGUCGUGCUCAUGAGAUCCUCCCUUGUUGAAACACUGAAACCAAACUGGUGUCCCAGUUGUGUCCGUUCAAAUAGUCUUUACCACUUUGUCAGAUUUUUUUUUUCUCCUCUCAUUGUAAAUAUUUUGCUUCAUUGGAUUUUUGAUGGAACUGUGGCCAUUUGUUCUUAUGCUAGAUGAAUCUGUGGCAUCUUUCCUGUAUAGAGGCAUCUUGUUUGUGUCUGUGUAAAACAAUAGAUUCCACUAUACUUUACUGAUUAUGUGGAUUAAUAGUCACGUUGUUUAUUUCUGAACUGUUCGAUUGUCUUUGCAAAAAAAACAAACAUCUGACAAUGAAUAGACCACAGGUUCUUAAAAAAACGCUAGGUAUUAUUUUGAUGUUGCAUUUAACAGUUUGAGAAUUGUGAAAAUGCUGUCUCCUGCACUCUCCUGCAAGCACUAUGUAACCCACAACGACCAAGCCUUUAUUAUCAUUGAAGUACAGAUUAGAGAAAGCAAUAAUGAACUGUUAUUUAUGAAAUGUGUUGUAAAAGAUUAAAGUAAAUAUUGACAUACCUGA